CAAUCCUUAAGAAAGCGCUUCGGCCAACCAGCUGGACCAACUCUUUGUGUUUGUCGAGAUCAUUUUGGGCAGGACACAUAGGCAAAAAUAUGUGCUUAAGUCCCUAGGCUUUGUUUGAAGCCAUUCACGAGUCUUGGAGUCGAGAAGGGGCAUCUGCCAAACAGGCUUGGAUGGCUCAGAGGCGAUUCUUGUGGGCGAUGCAACCCCUGAUACCGAGUAUCGGAUGAAGACACAGAACCACUUGGGUGUGGGUCACAGCUGGAUUGGAUUGCCCAUGACAUCCUCUUACUGUGACAGACAUUGGCUGACACUGGUGGCUGGAGAAUCCUGGCAGUACCAAGCUGACACUGGUGGCUGGUCUAUGUUUCAAGCCCUUUAUUUGCACUCGGCGCAGCUGGCGGAAUCCCCGCGCGCUGCUACCGAGUUUCUUCAUGUCAUGUUCCCCCCCAAGAGGUCCUCCUUCCGGAAUCCCAACGAUGCGAGCUGCGCCCUAGGUCUUUGGAUCCUCUUGGUCGUGGCCUUCAUCGCCUUCGUGGCGAUGACUCUCCGGAGCUUCUGGGAGGACGUGCAGCGACCCACUCGGGAGAGUGUCUCCAACGAACGGCUGCAGAUGCCCACGGUGAGACUGGAUGUUUGUGAGCUGAAAGUUUUCCAACGCAGUUUGAACUACUCGCUGCUGGAGCAUUUGCUUUUGGAGAGAGAGUUGGAGUUCCUCAUGCCGAACGGCACGGAGUUUUGGCACCGUGAUGUCUUGGACCGACACCAGGUGCCACAGGUGGAGGUUGGCCCGAUGAAGUGUUUGCGGCUCUUCUCGAUGCAAGAGGUGCCACAGGAGAGCAUUCUGCCCUACCACCGGUGGUUCUUGCAGCUGCAGGGGCCGAUCCCCAAAGAGCUGCAGCGGCUGAACUACAGCUAUGUGAAUGGCUUGUUCAUCCGACCCUCCUUGGCGAAUGCAAGCCAUCCUGUCUCGCAGAGACAGGAGAGCUUCCUCAAGAUCUAUGUCCCCUUCCUUGCGAAGAACCGCACCACAAUCGUGCGUUCGCUGGUGGCAUUGGAGAAGUGGUCGGACUCGCUGGGAGGGCGCUACGGCGCACCCCAUGAGGACACCUUCUACUUCGACGACAGUCGGAUCAUCCCUGAAGCACUGGAUGCGAAUCCCAUGGUGGUGCAGCAGAUGCCUUUGCUGGGGCAUCGGCUCAAAGUGGUUCUGCCAGUUCCCACAUCUAUGGUGCGAGUCCAUCAUCACAUCAAUGACAUCAUGGCUGAUAUCGUGACCGUGCUGGGACGAUUGGCAUCUGGAAUUUUCAUUUUCAGUCUUCUGACAGUCAUGUUCCCCGCCAUCCGCGAGGAGAAGUACCACUUCUUUUGUCAUUGGCCUUUCCUGGGCCUUGGCAAUCCCAGUGAGCUGGAUGCCUUGCUUCAACCUGCCUAGCGACAGCUCGGGUGAAAGAUUUGAUUUCGACAUCUUUCGUUACACUGGUCGAGGGCAUCAAGACUCGAGAGCACCACAGGUCACCACCUGCGACACUGGUCAUGCUGCAAAAAGACUCCAGACAAGACCUGUUUGUUGUGUGAUGAUUGAAUUAAACAGAGAACCUGGACCCCCUCUAAGAAUCAUUUUGGGAUAAAGCCCGUUGUUCUUGUCACAGACGUCGAUGGUUUAGUGACGUUUAGUUUCGCUUUAGCGAGUAUCAAAUGUCAUCAAAUGUCCAGGUUUUGGUGUAAAAGAGCC